ACAAGCGUACAACUAUCUUAUUUCUUACUUUAUCUAGCAUUUAUCAAUAACAGGUUCGGUACUCUCAUGGCAAGCGCAACACCAGCAACUUCAUCCAAUAAGGAGACGACUAACUAUGCUCGCUUGUGUCGUCUUCUGGUUGAUGUUGGUACCCAGGCCCUCAGGGACACACUUGAUGCCAUUCACGCACCAGCAAAUCUUCACGCAGUUUUGGCGGCAAAUAAACCCACUUUACAGGGUCUCAGAUCGAGAAGAAUUAUCAGUGCCACGCAAUGGGGCAAGCUCUUUCCUGUCAUUCAUUUGGCAGUGUCCUCGAAAGAUUUUGACAUCACUCUUUUGAUGGUUCUGCUGCGAAAUUUGUGCGGUUUGCCAUCUCCAAUAACCGGAUGGGACACACUUCCCGCUGCAACGGACAUGACUCGUGAGGCGGAUAUUGCUCGUAUUAAGUACUUUAGAAACACCGUGUACGCGCAUGCCGAACAAGCUUCGGUUGAUGACACAACGUUUAACGCGUACUGGCAAGACAUCCGGGACACUCUGGUGAGACUGGGAGGUGAUAGGUACAGGGCACCUAUUGACAAUCUGGAAACUGAGUGCAUGGACCCUGAAAUUGAAGAUCACUACAAACAACUUCUCAGUGAAUGGAAAAAGGACGAGGACAACAUUAAAGACGAACUGAAAGAGAUUGGAGCCGAGAUUAGAGAUGUCGGAACCAUGAUGACAGAAGUCAUAAAAAAACUUGAUGAUUUAACAGCAGCAACUGUGAAUAACCGAGAGGAAUCAAGUGAAGGAGGUACAAGCUCCAAACUGGUAGAAUCGGUGGAGACCUCUGUCAUGUGUAGAGAGAAACAUCACGACAAUGAGCCUCUCAAUUAUUACUGUCAGGACUGCAAAGUUUGCAUUUGCGACAAGUGUGGACAAACACGUCAACCAUCGCAUGUUCAAUACAAGACAAAUGAAGAGGAUAUCCAGAGUGUUAGACGCGCGUUUCUUGGUGAAAUUGCUGUUAGUACAACUGAUCCUCUGCGAUCAGUGGUGGAAGGGAAGGGCUUUAAGCAAGCAGAAGUUGGAAGGGAAACUGGCCUAACGAUCACAACAAAGAAUGCAGAGGGGCAGCAGUGUUAUAACGUAAUCGAUCAGAUCGUUGUCAAAGUUCGCACUCCGUCAGAACAGGACCUCAACACCAACAUUGCAGACAACGAAGAUGUCCAUGGAGUGUUCACGUUAAGCCGCAUCAAUGCCGUUGGAUCACGUGGUAAAGCAAAAGGAAAAUUUGACUUUCCCUGCGACAUUGCAAUAAAUGCGAAGACCGGGAACAUUGCAGUAGCUGACUUUAAUAAUAAAAGAGUACAACUUUUAAGCUCAGAUGGAGUUUAUUUGAGAGAGUAUGGUCAGAAAGGACUUGACGCCAAGAAACUUGAUGGUCCCGUGUCCGUUGCAUUUAACAGGUCUGGUGGCGUCACUAUCUGUGAUUCUGCUGGGAUUUUCUGUUACACUGAAUGUGGUCAGUUCAUUAAAAACAUCUCCAAUGAACACUUGAUUACACUAGAAGACAUGACCAUUGCUUGCGAUGGCCGAAUGCUGGUGUGUGACAGUGGUGACAACGAGGUCAAAGUCCUCUCCAAUGACGGUGCAGAAUUACUGCAGUCAUUCAGCGCUCCAGGCUGCGAUGAGUACCCGUGGUUAGCUUUAUGUCAUCAAGACACGUUCUAUGUUUCCUACGGCUUGACUCACUGCGUCAAGGUAUUUAAUAAUGAAGGGGAAUUUCUAUAUGAUAUUGGCACAGAGGGGCCUGGUAAGCUGUACCGUCCUGCUGGACUCGCCGUUGACAAGUUCAACAACUUGGUAGUCUGUGACGCUGAAAAUUCCAAUGUUCAGAUUUUUAAAUUGGAAGGAAAAUUUGUUAACUCGAUAAAAGGAGAAGCCACCGAACUUAAGAAACCUUGGACUGUCAUUGUGUCAAACACUGGACAAUUAUUCAUUACUGAUACAGGAAAACAUUGUGUGCAUAUUUUUGAGUGAACAACUGCUUGACCCUUCUGGAUUUACCAUACAAGGAGUUUUAUCGUGUGUGAAGCUGGGAUGCAAAUUUUCAAACAAAAUCUUUAUUUUUCUCAUACUGUAAGAUAUUGAUACAUAUUACAAUAGUUUUGUUUUCCGAUGACAGAGUUAUAAGCAAGUUUACCGGUAUAGUAAAAUGGCAGUAGUUUUUGUUUUAAACUAGACGCUUGCUGCGUGUACCC